UCCAGCCCAGCGGGGAGGAGGAAGGGGGAGGGCCUGGAGGCCGAGGCGGGCAGGCACCAGCGAGAGCAGCUGGCGGCAGACGGCAGGCAGGCAGACAGACAGUCGAACCGUCCGUCCAGCGGGCCUGGCUCGUCUACCUGGCAGCUGCACCCGGUCCUUAACCCGGAGCUGGUUCUGUACGUCAACAUGGUCCCCUGGUCCCUCCUGUCUCUGCUGCUGCUCGCGAGGCCAGCGCCUGGGGUGGCUUACUCUGUGUCACUUCCGGCCUCCUUCCUGGAGGAUGUAGCCGGCAGUGGGGAAGCUGAGGGUUCUUCAGCCUCUUCCCCAAGCCUGCUGCCGCCCCGGACUCCACCCUUCAGUCCCACACCGGGGAGACCCCAGCCCACAGCUCUGGACGGCCCCGUGCCACCCACCAACCUCCUGGAUGGGAUCAUGGACUUCUUCCGCCAGUACGUGAUGCUCAUCGCGGUGGUGGGCUCGUUGACCUUCCUCGUCAUGUUCCUAGUUUGCGCGGCACUCAUUACGCGCCAGAAGCACAAGGCCACAGCCUACUACCCAUCCUCUUUCCCUGAAAAGAAGUAUGUGGACCAGAGAGACCGGGCUGGGGGACCCCGUGCCUUCAGCGAGGUCCCCGACAGGGCACCUGACAGCCGGCCGGAAGAGGGCCUGGACUCCUCACAGCAGCUCCAGGCUGACAUUCUGGCUGCCACCCAGAACCUCCGCUCUCCAGCUAGAGCCCUGCCAGGCAGUGGGGAGGGCACAAAGCCAGCGAAGGGCGGGUCGGAGGAGGAGGAGGAGGUGCUCGGCGGUCAGGAGGAGGCCCAGGAAGCCCCAGUAUGUGGGGUCACUGAAGAGAAGCUGGGGGCCCCAGAAGAGUCAGCCUCGGCAGAAGCUGAAGGCGUUCCUGCCGCCAGUGAGGGCCAGUGGGGACCAGAAGGGUCUCUCUCCUUAGCCCCGGAAUCCCAGGGAGCAGCCGGAGCUCCUGAAAGUCCCUGUGCCUGCAGCAGAGUCCCCCCCAGUGUCUAACAGGCCCCAGAACUGCUGCGCCUGACUGUUGGGUGCCCGAGGGUCACCUGGUCAAGGAAGGAAUUCAGCUCUGGCAGCUUCCUGAUGUCCCUCCUUGGCCAUUGAUGAUACCAAUCCUGACCCCGAAUUGGGGGCAGACCCAAUGGCCUCUGGUGCACCCCAGGAAUCAUCUCCCCAAGUUCCAGUGCCCUUAAUGACUCUUGCCACCCAAGGGGUGGGGCUUCACCCUAACGCACCACUUCUCUGGAAGGAGAAGAUCAGACACAUCCUAGUUGGGCCCCCCGGACAAGGCAGUCUUCCGAGCAGAAGGGCAACAGGCCAGAGGCUGCCUGUGACGCAGCUAACGCUGCUGCUUGCAGCUCGGCUGUGGAGACAAGAGGGGCUGUUAGAUUCAGAAGACAUCAAGAUGGCCCGUGCUGCCCUUGCGCCCUGCUGGGAUAGCAAGGUGCAAUCCGUCCCUGGUACCGCCCGGGACAGCAGGGCCCUUUGCAUCUCCAGAUCACCGCAAUGUCUCUGUCACUAUACCCCCGUUCCGUGGACUUGAUUAGUUAGGAAGCUUCUGGAAGGGGCCCAUACUUAUAUCAGAGUUUCCCCUAGAUGCCCCGUGGAAACACAAAGUCGAAAUCACGUGAUUUUAGGAGCCCCCCGUACCCCGCCACAGGCGACAUGGCCGCUCUAAGGGUUCCCACCAGCUGGCUUUGCUACGCUUUCCUGAGCCGCCUUUUUAUCAAGACGUCUCCUAGCUCCAAAACCCCAAAUCACACAGCACCGGUUCUGGAAAAUACUGUUCUAGGUUUUCUCCAAGGCACCCUGCUUUCUGAUUGGUUCAGAGUUGGAAUGUGGACCGCAGGGCAUCUGGCUCUUUCAAGUGACAAGCAACCCUGACUUGGGUGUGUGCAAGACAUUCUGCUGUCAGUGCUGGGGUGAGGGGAGUGGGCAGAGCUCUGUCAGUCCCCGAAGCAGACUGAAGCUAAGGGGCGGGGCCUGGCCCAUCCCACGCUCACACAGUGCUCUGGUAGCCUGAGCCCACACCGUUCCUCAGUCCUUGACAGUGCUGAGACUCUCUCUGUCCUGUGGGGGGAUCUUAGUGGCUCCCCACACCUCCAUUCAGGGCAUCCCGAGUCCUCUGCUCUUCAGGUGUGGCUAUAUGACAUGCUAGCAUAAUAAACCUUGAUCUGGCUUGA